CAGAAAUACGUCGGGAGCUACGCCGGUGAAGAAUUUAUUUCAAUUAUCAUGAGCAAGCUCAGUGGUCUCGCUCCGCGCUGCCGCUAGUUGUAGACACAUAUUCUAUCUUCAUUAUCCAUGCGACAGAACGUUUCUCGCUAGUGCCGUGCUCCAAAUAAUGGUUUCCAAUGAAUCAGUGACGUCUCGAUACUCAACCUUGGAUAUUAUGGUUACAAGAAAAGGUGUAUUUUGAAAAUAUAUCUAGUGUUUUCGUGUUGAAAACUCGUUUGUGUAGUAAGUUAACUGUGUUGUUACCGUAGUGGUGUUGUUGAAUCGGUGUUAUGUCGGGUGGACGGAGUUUGGAGAAGGAGCGGAAGUCUCCUCGGGAAAGCGGUGAAGAUUCGGAGGAUGAGAGUGAAAUCUUGGAGGAGAGCCCCUGUGGGAGAUGGCUGAAGCGACGGGAAGAGGUGGAACAGCGAGAUGUCCCCGGCAUCGACUGCGCACACCUCGCCAUGGACACAGAAGAGGGCGUGGAGGUCGUCUGGAACGAGGUUCAGUUCUCCGAGAGGAAGAACUUCAAAGCCCAAGAGGACAAGAUACAGAUGGUCUUCGAUAACCUGACCAGGCUGGAGCAUCCAAAUAUAGUCAAGUUCCAUCGGUACUGGACGGAUACGCACAAUGACAAGCCCAGAGUGAUAUUCAUAACAGAAUACAUGUCAUGCGGCUCUCUCAAACAGUUCCUGAAGAGGACGAAACGGAAUGUCAAACGGCUUCCACUGCAGGCGUGGAAGAGGUGGUGUACACAGAUUUUAUCUGCGCUAAGCUACCUCCACGGCUGCGUGCCCCCCAUAGUCCACGGGAACCUCACCUGCGACACGAUCUUCAUCCAGCACAACGGUCUGGUGAAAAUCGGCUCGGUCGCCCCUGACGCGAUACACCAUCACGUGAAGACCUGUCGGGAGAACAUGAGGAAUAUGCACCUCAUCGCUCCUGAAUAUGCCUCAUCACAAAUGGUGACACCCGCCAUGGACAUAUACUCCUUCGGUAUGUGUGCUUUGGAGACGGCAGCACUAGAGAUUCAGGGCAACGGGGACUCAGGCAGCCACGUCACUGAUGAACAUAUCGCGCGCACUGUUGAGUCUCUUGAGGAGCCGAGGCAGAAGGACUUCAUAUACAGGUGUAUAAACAAGGACCCAGCUCAGAGGCCAACGGCGCGCGAGCUCCUCUUCCACCCGUUACUCUUCGAAGUGCACUCGCUGAAGCUUCUCGCGGCACAUACGCUCGUCAACACCUCAGCAAAUAUAUCGGAAACGAUAACAGAUGAGGUGGUCGGUUCGAACGGCGAAGCGCUCGCUACGUGUAUUCGCGGUGGGGAGUUACAUGAGAUUACAGUUCGAGAUCUACCCCCACACCAGGAGAAACUCGAGAAAUUCGUCGAGGAUGUCAAAUACGGCAUCUACCCGCUGACGGCGUACGGGUACCGCGGCGCCGCGCGCGCGGCGUCCCCGCUGGCGCCCGACCCCGCGCCGGCCGCGUCGCCCGAGCCGCGCGACGUGGAGACGCGGCGCGUCGUCAACAUGAUGUGCUCGCUCAAGCCGCACGCGCCGCCCGACGCCGCCGCCGCGCGCGACCACGACCUGCUGAUGACGAUCCUGCUGCGCAUGGACGACAAGAUGAACCGCCAGCUCACCUGCUGCGUGUCCCGCCGCGACUCCGCGCCCAAGCUCGCCCACGAACUGGUCCAACUCGGGUUCAUACAUGAGUCGGACCGCGACAAGCUGUGCCGGCUCAUGGAGGAAUCCCUGCGCAGCUCUUUCGGUGCGCGCGCGCAGCUUGCCAGCUAGUGCGCACUCUCUCGCCGCCAGACACCACGCCGCUAGUUACAAGGUAGCCUCUAUUACAUGAAACACCGCAGCGCAACGUUACCGAGAGGUGCAAUACAUGUGUCAGUGUGUGUAGCCACUAAUACAGCUACAGGAAACACCGUCCGCAGCUCAACGUUACCGAGAGGUGCAAUACAUGUGUCAGUGUGUGUAGCCACUAAUACAGCUACAGGAAACACCGUCCGCAGCUCAACGUUACCGAGAGGUGCAAUACAUGUGUCAGUGUGUGUAGCCACUAAUACAGCUACAGGAAACACCGUCCGCAGCUCAACGUUACCGAGAGGUGCAAUACAUGUGUCAGUGUGUGUAGCCACUAAUACAGCUACAGGAAACACCGUCCGCAGCUCAACGCUACCGAGAGAUGCAAUACAUGUGUCAUAGCACGUUUGUCACCGUUAGGUAACCUCUAAUAUAACAGGAAACACUGUUCGCAGCGCAACGAGCACAUUCUUAACACCAACAGGUGCAAUACGUGUAUCAUAGUGGUUGUCACCGUUAGGUUCACCUACGUUGUUUAUGUAUUUGUCAUCGUUAGGCACUGUUCCCAGCAAAAACGAGUAAGCUAUGUGCUAUCGGCGUUAGAAACAAACAAAAGAUAGUCGCUCACGUGUAGAUAAAAGAAACGAUAUUACAGCGCGAGCGAGUUUAGUUCUUCGCCGAGCGAUGAAUUAUAAAUUGCUCGCUCUCUGUUUUAUUUACACGGGAGCGACUGUAUUUUGUUCAUUUCUGUCGCCGAAAAGUCACCGCUUAGUUGCUUGUGGGACCAGUGCCUUAGGUGCACACACUACAUUGAUUGUGUGUUUGCCACCGUUAGGUGUACAGAACUACCAGUAAUAGAUAAAACUCUUGUUAUGUAUUUGACCGUGCUCUAGUUGAAACUAUGAAGUAGUUUUAUCUUUAGAGCGCGGAAAAGAGAAUCAGAAUCGCAUUAUUUACCAUUUUAGGUAAAUAAAUAACGAAUAUUAAUGCAGAGAGAAAAUAUGCGCUUGGACAUCUACAACGGUGUUAAUUGGCAAUCAUAAUGUAACUUAAAAGUAAUAUCAACGUAUCACAUCUUAAACUGCCUAGAUGAACGAUUUUGAUUAUUUUUGCUUAAGUUGUCACUAGAUCUAGAGAUUGUCGUUGGCAUAUGUCAAAUUGAAGUAUACUUAGAAAGUUGUCGCUGGCAAAAACUUUGGUAAACUGCCACCUGUAUAACAUAUUGUUUUCAAUGGCUACUUAAGAUGUGGUGCCUUUAAAUUUCGAUCUUACGAAUAAUCUGCAAUAAUAACAAAGUCAUUUGUUUACAUACGACCCCUUUAGUUAAAUAAUUUGAAACUAGGCGUGUCUGGUGAAUAAAUAUAUCUUAUAACAUUUGGAUACGUAAACCGAAUGCCUAAUAUAGAAGCGAUAAAUCCUAAGCAAACCUAAAUUCUAUACAGUCGACUUCAUAAAUAUGUGUACAUUUUACCUUAACUAUGCAAUAAGGUGAAAAAAUUUGCUCAUAUUUAUGAAUUCGACUGUACCACUGGUCUAAACCCACGGAAGGAAUGAAUUGUUGGGCUGGUACCAAGGUAGGCUGGUGUUCCUACCAAUGUAUUAUAAACCUUUAGGCAUGGAUAAGGAAUAUUGUAUAGCGUGUUUGUAGAUGUUAUCCGUGGGUGAUCAAGUGAUACUAUUUAGUCAUGAUCCUGUUUCAUAGUUAUAGUCACUUUAGAUUCUCACUUUCAGCCGAUUGUCACUUUGUAGGUGAUUUGAAUAAUUAAUUAGUGAAAAUAUAAAUUAUACUGAGUGAUUCAUGAAUACGCUCCAUAUCUGAACCUGAAAGCAAAAAUACUAUACGUCUACAGAUGUAUUGCGAAAUUUUAUCCUUUGUAUGUUUACGGAAACGUACAAACGUGUCGUGCUAUUUCAGUCAGUCUCAGUACAAGGUGUACUGACAUUGUCUGAAAUAGCAUGACAGAUACGAACGUUUCCGUAAAAAUACGACAGAAAAAAUUUUCGCACUACGUCUGUAAUUACUAAACGUAUUUGCGACCAUAACUCGUCAGGUAAAAAGUUACAGAAAAUCGAUUAAAAUAUUCGUUAAUCAAAUCGGCUUUUACAAAAUAUUCCAUCAUAUAGUGAGUAUAAAUAAAAUACACAAGUACCCAUUUGUAAACUUUAUUAAGGGUCUCCCCAAUCAUAUCGACGCCAAAUCGGCUUUCGGCGACCAAAAAUCGCUAGUUAGUAUGAACAUGCGUACGGCUGCGUUCAGCGAUGACGAUGCAUAAGCGUCUUCAUACUAACGAGCGAUUUUUGGUCGCUUCGAUAUGUUUGGGGAAAACCUAAGUCUACAAAUAGUUACCUUGUCAUAGUUAAAAUGAAACAGUGGUCCAACAUCGCUUUGGAUUGGCGUGUGAAUGUUAUUGUUACAUAGGUUAUCACUAGCUGUUUAAUGUCAGACACCUUUAAGCUUUACGUGGCUCAUAGUUAACUUUCGAAGACAUACUACUCUUAUUUUAGUAUCAUGACAACCGAGUAUGGCACAGUCACCAAAAGCGAGUAAGAUAUGAGCCAUCGGCGGUAGAAACGAACAGAAGAUAGUCGAUCCCGUGUAAAUAAAAGAGAGGCGAUGAUAGCGCGAGCGAGUUAUAAUUCGUCGAGCGAUGAACUAUAAAUCGCUCCCUCUCUCUCUUUUAUUUCCACGGCAGUGACUAUUUUUUCUCGUUUCUAUCUCAGACAACUAAUAGCUUUCUUACUGUUGGUAAGACCAGUGCCUAACAUUGACCAUCUGAUUUGCAUUUGCGUCGACAAAUCAUCAAUAAAUUCUUUGGUUGUCACCGCAAGGUUCACCGUAAAUAAAAAUGGAACGUCUCUGUGACUUGUCUUUGUCAUGACACUAAAAAAGAUUGUAUUAGCUCUGAUCGGUGCUGAAUUGAACAUCUUUAACCCUUUGAUCGCCACAUCGAUCGUGCGUCCGUCUACGUAGUCGGAAUGCGCGAAAAUUGUUAAGUUUUAGCCGCAGGCGUGACGUCUUCGGCGGUAAACGGGUUAAAGUUAUAAAUUCAACUGGUCCGGGAUCGUAUGUCUUCCUAAGUUAACUCUGAGCCUAUAUGCCAUUGGCGCUAAAUAUCCUCUUUAAUACUUCCGAUGCACCUAGGUUAACGAGUUAUGCGGCGGGUUUGCUCAAUCGCAACUUGUUUCUUUCAUUCGAACUCUGAACUAUAAGAGAAAUAUUACGAUCUCUAAAUACAGACUAGUGUUGACAUUUAUCGAUUACGUUCAUCAGUCGAUUUAUUCAUCCGUAAUUCAAUGGAUUGCUUUCAUCAAUUGUUAAUCUUGACAAAUCACAGUAUCGGCUAGUUGGCAUAGUUAAAAUUAAACUAACGCUAUAACUAUUGAUAUUGUUUACCGUCACUUCAUUCGCUAUUUAUCUGUCUUUCAUCAUAUAUAGCGAUUGAAAUUAUGAGUAUGAAUACAGAAAGCUCACUGCUUUGAUCUUCACAAAAUGCCGCCUUUCAUAAUUUUUACCUACAUUAACAACCGGACCGCACGCGAGGACAUUGAAUUCUAUUGCGUUGCGCGAAGAUCAUCACCGUUGAAUGGGCCGCGAAUGCGCGGCCGCCGGCAUGUACUUGUAGGUCGGCGAAAGAGUCGCGGAGUGAGCCGCUCUGAUAAUGGUCAAGCAAGAUUUUAAGUCGAGAUGUUUUUGAGAAUCCUUGUCAGUUUCCAUGUACAAAAUUUAUAUGAUGGUGUUUAUACAUAAAUGCUGAGUAAAAUAAAUUUAGAUCUUUCUCUCCUAUAGAUUGCGUUCGUCUAAAAGAAGCAAUGUGGGGUUGUGUUACUCGUCGUUGUUAAACGUACUCGCUUAGUGUAGUUACGCCGUAUUCAUGUAAUGCCAGUCGACGGGAUUUUACACUGAUGACUGAUUUGUAAUAAUUUAUUUUACAAUGUUCACACCGUCCAUGGCGACCAUAGUAUCCAUUGGAAGUAGAUUAACAAAAAGUUAAAAGCAAACAAUGUUCUAAAAUCUAAAAAGAGCAUUCACAGAUCUAGUAAUCGGUUACAGGUGACAUGUAUUUUAUGUUAUCUCAAAUUGGAAAUGUAAACUUUUGACAACUAAAGUUACCAAAAAAAAUACGCAGUCGCAGUUUAGAACAUCGCUUAAAAAUUCAAUUCAAAAUACGAUUUUUUUAUUAUUGUCUUUGGUUAGCGCGAUUGUUACUCAUGAAUUAAAAUUAUAAAAACGGAUUAUAUCGUGUAUGGUGACUUUUUUUGUAAUUUUACGUUUAAAAACACUUUUUUAACAUUAUAUUGAAGUCAUCAGUGUAAAGUCCGUUCGACUCUUAUAAUAGGGUCUUAUGAAGAGAUUUUGUAUCGCCGAAUUGUGUAUUUUUAAUACGAAUGAAGUCAAGUCUUUGUAUGUAAGUGUUAUAUAGGUAUUCGUAACAUUUGCCGUAAUUUCGAGGGACGCGGGGGUUAAUAGAAAUAUUUCGUAUAAACUGAGUAAAUUAUAUAAAUAAAGUACUUUAUUUCUUUGGUCAAGAUGACUCUUUUUUAUAUUUAAUAGUAAAUAAAUCGUUUUUUUUUUUUCAUUUCUUUCAUAUUUUUUAUCUUUGCUGUUUUCUCUGAAGUGUGGUUUUUAGAAGUUUUUUUGUUGUUAUAUAAUAUCGUUGUUAAUUUUAUAUAUGUUUGCAUAUUCAAGCUGCUAUUAUAAAGUUUCGUACGUAAUAAUAUUUUUUUUAAUUGAAUACUUCAAAAGAUUGAGAUAACAUUAAUACCUACCUAUAUAUUUCCAGUCCUCCGGCCUGAAAGCUUCCAAUUUCAGGCCGCAUUGCUAAACGAAGUUACCGCUUCCCGGCUACUACGAUCAGAAAAUAGUAUACACACCUUGGCCGGUAAAUAAGAAAGCCUUUCUUACUUUACUAAACUAGCUAUUUAAUAUAUAGUAUAGUAUAGUCUGUCGGUAGAUGGCGCUAGACGUCACCCCAAGACGUGUGUACAUAAGGAAAGGCAUGGAAAGAUUUGCGAUGUCCGGCGGCGUGGCUUCCGUA